AGGUGCACGGACGGGCGGGCGGAGAGGAAGGCUCUGGCGGUGACGGCGGCAGCUAUGACCUCCCUUGUGAAGAGAAUAAUCAGCACUGCUAAGGCCCCAGCUGCACUGGGACCCUACAGCCAAGCAGUGCUGGUGGACAGGACCAUGUACAUUGCAGGACAGAUAGGUCUGGAACCUUCUACUGGGCAGCUUGUCUCUGGAGGGGCAAAGGAAGAAGCUAAGCAGGCUUUAAAAAACAUGGGAGAAAUCCUGAAAGCUGCAGGCUGUGACUAUGGCAAUGUUGUGAAGACCACAGUGCUGAUGGCAGACAUGAAGGACUUCAAUGAUAUCAAUGAUGUCUACAAACAGUUUUUCAAGACAAACUUCCCAGCCAGGGCAGCCUAUCAGGUUGCUGCUUUGCCCAAAGGUGCCCGAGUGGAGAUUGAAGCUAUUGCCAUCCAGGGACCCCUCCAAGAUGCUUCAGCCUGACUAUAAACAGAGACUGAGCAGCCUCCACCAGCAGGGUUGGACAUCACCCUUCUCCUCCUUUACACCCUACCCCUACAAUUGGCUAUCAGUACUUCCAAAGAGUUGCAGCCAGUGAAUUGCCCAGGGAAAGGCUGGAAUCAAAGCUCCUUCCUGGGUUCCCUCCAAGGAGAGCUUGCAGUGAGCUCUCUGCUGGCAGACCCUGGACGCUGUG